AUGAAGCUCAACGCCCCGUCCAUUCUCUUGUUCCUCCUGCCUGCCAUCUCGGCCGCACUCGCCGAUGGAACGUAUAACGACAACAUAAAUUCCCGAGUCUCGCGUGAAACCGUUGGUAACAAUGCUCGUCUCGUUGACUCGGACAUCGUUGCAGCAAAUGUGGCCAAAGGAGCGCCGGACGUUCCGGUCGAUGGCAAAGAUGGUAGACCACACGCUGGCCCAUGGGUGGAAACCAAUGGAGAACGCGACCGCAAGGUGGUCAAGGGCGGGGAUGACAUCGACUCAACAGCAAAAUAUGAUCCAAAGAUUCCGUCUUCGCAGCAUUUGAGCACCGAAGAUGGGAAGAUGAUCCCUCAUUCAAAUGGCGGCGUUAUGGACGAUCCCUACCGGGCGGGCCCCAAGGAGGGUACUCGCGGGACCGAAGGUGGUGUCUCGGGAAAGACAAAGGAUAGCCAAUUUAUUUCUGAAAAGGUUCCAGGAGAGCCCAAGGAAGCGCCUCCGCUGCCGCACAGCGAGGCCAAGAAGUUGUCUGAUAGUGAUGACACAACAUAUGGAAGCUCCGGUCGGACUGCCGAUGGUUCGGAGUCACUCGGUAUCUUGGGGAAACCCGCCGAUUUGCCCGAGAAGCCUCACGACAUUCCCCACCCCAAGCCUCCAUCGAUGAUCAAGGAUGAUCCUCUUGGUCUCGACCAUGGAUCAAAGGGCUCGGGCUCGUCCUCGUCCUCGGUUGGUCACCACGACCAUGAUAUUGUUGAUGGCGAGCCUGAUGCCGGAAGCCCUUUGCAUUCGCUUGUUUUCUCCUUCACCAUGAUUUUGGUAUCCGAGAUUGGAGAUAAAACAUUCCUUGUGGCUGCAUUGAUGGCUAUGAGACAUCCUCGUUUGGUGGUGUUCAGUGCUGCGUUCAGUGCUCUGAUUGGCAUGACUGUCUUGUCGGCAGUCUUGGGACACGCUGUACCUACUCUUAUUCCAAAGAGCUUCACUAAGUUCAUGGCCGCAAUUCUUUUCUUGGUCUUCGGCGCAAAGAUGCUGAAGGAGGGUCGUGAAAUGUCUCCUGAUGAAGGUGUUGGCGAGGAAAUGCGGGAAGUUGAGGCGGAGUUAGAGGAGAAGGAGCAUGAGCAGCUGCGCUUAGGUCGUCGUCGCUCUUCCAUUACGCCCCACAGUCUCGAAGCUGGCCGCGCUGGAGGUCGUCCCAAGACUCGUGGCUCCGGAAACCGCAUGCCUUCGCCUCCCGAGAGCAUUUCCUCCUCUUCGUCUCGAGGCUCUUCGCCUCACCCCCGCCAGCACCUGACCAAUGCCUUCUCCGGUUUGGGCAACCUCUUCUCUCUUCUUUUGAGCCCCGCCUGGGUGCAAACCUUUGUUAUGACUUUCCUCGGUGAAUGGGGUGACCGCAGCCAAAUCGCCACGAUUGCCAUGGCCGCCGGUCAGGAUUAUUGGUGGGUGACCAUCGGAGCAAGCGCCGGUCAUGGAAUUUGCACCGCUGCCGCAGUGAUCGGUGGACGGGCUAUCGCUGGUCGUGUCAGCAUGCGUGUUGUUACUCUUGGCGGUGCCGUGGCAUUCCUGGUGUUCGGAGUCAUUUACUUCAUUGAAGCCAUCUUCUAA